AUGCCUAGUCCAGUGAGUGAUGCCACCUCUACUACUAGCUCCUCCAACGAUCCUGAUGGCGGUUCCUCAUCUGUGGAUGAUUGCGAGCUCAGGAUGAAAGCGUUGGAAAAAGAAGUCGAAAGUCUCCAACGGAAAAUUGUUUCCCAUGAGAUGGUUAUACAGGAGCUCUGUGGAAUCGGCGUUCAAUGGAAGCGGACGCAGCCGAGCGGUGAUGAUGAUCGUGAGAAGGUCAGUCGUGUUCCCUCACCUGAAGAGCUUCGACAAGCUGUUGUUGUCAUAUCAGAGGAGUUGACGCUCAAGAGGAAGAUUCUGUACGCACAGUGGAGUUACUCCUCCAGCUUGGCGACCUUGUAUAUCGCUAUGGUUGAUAACGGGAUGGAUUUGCCUCCACUCGAAGAGCUAAGUUCAAAGCGUCUGAGGUCCGCAUCAGAAGAGGAAGGCCCUCGAGAUGGUAUAGAGGUAGCCGCGUCUGAUCUGUCUACGGCCGAGUCUACAGAAACAGAAAAAUUAGAACGAAAAGUUUCAGAGUUUUCGAGACGUAGUCGAUCGAGAGACUCAGCCGUGGUGCAGCGAAUGCUCACUGACUCUUCAUGUGAGCAUCACCACACUACUAAUGUUAAGCCCGCGGUUCAGUGUGAUGAAAUUGAAAGGCGCCAUACGGAUCCAUCGGUGAUUGAGCACGUUGGUGAGGCAAGGGGGGAGCAGGAGAUUGGUGAAGGAGAUCGACGGCGAAGGGCGGCGGUGAUAAGGUUUUCACUCAGCGGUGCCUAUCAUAAGGUCUUUGCGAACGCGCCGUGUCUAUUUGAUAAAAUCAUACCAAAAGGUUUACCCGCAAAAACGCUGCGUAAACUAAAGGAAAACAUGUGGUAUACCUGCUGGCACACCUUCACUAGCUGCUAUGGUUUCUAUGUCGUCUCCCACGAGGCAUGGUUCAGCUUCAGCAGAUUGCUCACCGACCCUGUCGGGAUGCUCUUUGUUGACCCUGGUGUUCACGACCGUUCUAUCGGGCUGGAGCGUUACUACUUGGUCGAGAUAAGCUUCUGGUGCAGCUGCCUAGCUUUCAUUAUGAUCGAAACCGUUCGCAAGGACUUCUACCAGAUGUUUUUCCAUCAUCUCAUUACUAUUAGUUUGAUGAUCGGAAGUUUCUACCUUAAAUAUCACCGUAUUGGCCUUACUGUGAUUUUCCUACAUAAUAUCAGCGAUGUGCCUCUCUACGUUGCAAAAACUGUGGGCUAUCUCGCGGAAAAAUAUGAAUGGUUGAAGACUCCGACCGAUCUCGCCUUCGCCAACUUCGCAUUCGGUUUCCUCUUCUCGAGGUUAUAUGUGUACCCGAGAAUCUGCGUUAUUCCGGCGUGUACUUACGCUAUCGAGUAUAGACGCCCGUUGAAGGACUGUAUGCUGGCUAUAUUCCUAGUGCUGUUGCAGUGCUUGCAUAUCAUCUGGGGUAGUAUGAUUAUCAAGAUGAUUUUCAAGACGAUCAAACACCAUGGUGUUCUCGCGGAUGGUGAUAUUCGCAGUGACGAUGAAGAGAGCACGCCAAAGGGCGAGGAACCGAUCGCCCACAAGAAGAAGGUGCAGUAG